AUGCAAAAUAUUGGAUUUGCAGCAGGAAGUCUAAUUAAAGGAAGAUGGACUGUAGUAAAAAAGAUUGGACAAGGAGCAUUUGGUGAGAUUUUUUCGGGUAAGAAUAUUAUAAAUAAUGAGCAAAUUGCUAUUAAAGUAGAAAAAGUCGACACAAAAAAGCAGGUAUUAAGAUUGGAAGUUGCAGUUUUAAAGAAAUUACAAUUGUGUCCAUAUGUAUGUAGAUUCAUAACAUGUGGUAGACACAACGAUUAUAAUUAUAUGGUUAUGGAAUUAUUGGGUGAAAAUCUUUCAGAACUUAGACGUAAACAAUUGGAUGGUAAAUUUUCAUUAGGUUCAACACUUAAAUUGGGUGUACAAAUGAUUCAAUCAUUACAAGCUGUUCAUGAUCUUGGUUAUUUACAUAGAGAUGUUAAACCAUCAAAUUUUGCAAUUGGAUUAAAUCCAUCAAAAAGAAAUAUAACAUAUUUAAUUGAUUUUGGUUUAGCAAGAAGAUUUGUAUUAGCAUCAGGAGAAGUUAGACCUGCAAGAGAAUCAACAGGUUUUAGAGGUACUGCUCGUUAUGCAUCAAUCAAUUCACAUUUAUCAAAGGAUUUAGGUAGACGUGAUGAUUUAUGGUCAAUUUUUUAUGUAUUAAUUGAAUUUGCAGAGGGUCAACUUCCAUGGAGAAAAUUGAAGGAUAAGGAUCAAAUUGGUGAAAUGAAACAAAAAUACAAUACACCUGAUUUGGUCAAAGAUUUACCACCACAAUUCUCACAAUUUAUGAAACAUUUGAAAUCAUUAAACUAUGAAGAUAGACCAAAUUAUGUAUUUUUACAAACACUUUUAAAUGACUGUUACACUUCUUUGGGUUUAAGUGAAUCCACUCCAUUCGAUUGGGAGGUUCAAACAAAUAGUGGUGCUUCUUCUUCCUCUUCAAAUACUACUCAACAACAGCAACAACAACAGCAACAACAACAACAACGUAAUUUAAAUCAAUCUGGUUUAAAUAACAGUAGUGCUAGAUUAAUGGCAUCACCUUCCACUAUCGAUGUUGAAGCAAGUGGUAAAUCAACUCAAUUAAAUAAUAGCAAUAAUAAUAAUAAUAAUAAUAACAAGGGAUUGGGUGCUGAAAAUGAUUCAUCACCACAACCUCAAAUAAUACGUAGAAAUUCAGAAAGUAAUUCACAAAUUGCAAAUUCUUCUGAAAGUGAUAAUAAAGGUAGUGGUGGUGGUUCUUGGAAUCAAAAGAGUUCAUCACCACGUCAUAAAGAUAAAAAUUUACAAGAUGAUGGAGGUGAAGGUAGUCAAAAACAUUUGAAAGCUAGUAACAAUAAUAAUAUUAAUAAUAAUAAUAAUAAUUAUAACAACAACAAUAAUAAUAAUAAUAAUAGUCAUAUGAAUGGCAAUGGUAGUAAUAGUCAACCAAUUGAUAAAAUAGAAUUAUCACACCAACAACAGAAAUCUUCAACAACCAAGUGCUGUUCGACUUCAAAAUGCAGUGUGAUGUAG